AUGGAUAUGAAAACAAAUUUAGACAUAUGGUAUUCAUAUGAACGUAUUCUUAAACGUUAUAUACUGGAAGGAAAUCAAUUGCAUUGGUUAGCUGUAUCGUUAGAUGUAUUAUUUAGACGAUAUCGUGGUAUAACAAGAAAUGAUAAUAAUUCAAUAUUAGUACCACAUAAAUGGGAAAGCAUGGUCAAUUCACCUGAAUAA